AUGGGUGUAAAGAUGGAUAUAUUUCUUCACAUGGUACUGAUAUGUCUCUUUCCAUUUAUUGCAGAUCUGUUCCACUUUGCUGUGAUGAAGAAAUGGAGUACUGCUGUCUGCUGGACUCUUAUUUUACUGGCUGCCAUUUUCUUUGAAGACAUUCAUUGCAAAGGAGGACGUGGUGGAGCACGAGGAGCAGCACGGGGUAGUGCUCGGGGCACUACGCGACGGUCAAAGUCUUCACCUCGCUACAGCUCAUCUCGAUCGGCAUUGUGGGUGGCGGCUGCAGCAGCAGGGGGAGCAGCUGCAGGAGCAUCAGCAGCUAUGGCUUCUGGCAGGAUCAGAUCAGGUGGAGAAAACAGUCUAGAAAAUCCAGAUGCAUCAUUUGGCAAUGGCACAGUUGAGGGCAGUUACUGGGCAUGGACAUCAGAUGCUCAGUCCUCGCAACCUGUCUUUCUGUUCACUUGUCUGCUUAGUUUUGCCAGUUUCUUUUCCCUCUAA